CGGUAAUAUUAUUGACUAUAACACCUUCUGUAAGAAACUUCUUUUACUCUUUAGAGUAUGUAACACUGUCAUACAUGUCUAUAGGAGAUGGUUGCAUACUUUACGGGAGUAAAAAAAUUGCUUACUCAGAGAUGGCGCUCGUAGUAAUAACAUUAUCGACAGUGUCUGAAGUAUUGCAUAUCUUCAAAUGCAUUAAUCAAUAUAAAAAAUCAUAAAUUAAUAUAAAUCACUUUGUCAACGUCACAUUAUAGCGUUAAAGAUAUAAAAUAGACAAAAGAGAAAGAUAUUAAACGAACUGUCAUUUGUAUUAAUAUUCAUAUUAGAGAUUUUUUAGGAAAUACUUUCACCAAUAGAGUUCACAACAAAAUUUUAUUUCUAGUAUGACGAUGAGCAGCUAAUAAAAUAGUUUUGAAUAAUUAUUUAUCACCAAUUAUACAGCACGUUUCUUAACGGUUGUUUUUCUAUAACUGAAUGCUAAGUAACGCUUUUAGACAACACUGAAAUUUUUAGAACAAGCUGUCUAACGAUCUCAUACGCCUGUAUGAGAUACAUUAAUUAGAGAUUGUUAGAAUGAUCGAUUUGACAGUUCAUUCUAUGCUGGAAUAAUAGCAUAAUCCAUCCAUCCAGAGAAUGAAAAAAAGAAAAAAGAAAAAGACAUAUAAGAAACUUGCCUAUAAUUUAUUAUUGACUAUUCUCUAUAUACGACUAUAAUUACGUGUUUCUAACAACGUGCUUAUUAAAAACUACUUAGAAAGAAAUGUCACAUCAUGUUGAAGAAAAUGAUGAGACGUAAGAAAGAAAAGAGAAGAAUCAUUAAAUUUGCAAAUAUCUGUCUUACUUAUGACUUAUCAACUUCAUAUACGUUUCUUUAAGAAGAUAGAAAAAGGAGGGUUUAAAUAUUUUAUUAAGAUACGUCUGGUUCUUACCAGUUACUUUUCUCAUUCUCCUUUCGUUCAGAAUGUAUCACGCCUCUUUAACAAUCCUAUGGAUUUUUUCGAUCAUCCUUACUAUAGGCUUAGUAAACUUUUGUUAUUAAUGGUGGGUCAGUGGCCUAAUCAAAAUCCUAAUGUACGUUUACUUUCAUUGUGUUUUGUUACUUUUCUGACUACUUCUAUUAUUACUACUGAGUUUUUACUGUUAUAUACUUCUAAAGGAGCUUUAGAAUUCAUGGCUGAUGCUGUCGCAGGAAUAGCACUUAUGACAACUAUUUCUAUCAAGUGUCACACGUGUUAUUUCGCUGGUGAUAAGAUAAGAAAACUUUUAAAUAAGAUUGAAGACGAAUGGAAAAUAUGGAAAUCCAAAGAAGAGAUUACUAUAUUGGAAAAGUAUGCUAAAGAAGGAAGAUUUUAUAUAAUAGGAUACAUAAGUAAGAUUUCUUAAUCACAUUAUUGAAUAUAUAAUAAAACAUAUUCAAUUUUUU